AUGUUUACUCUCAUUUUCUUCUUCUUGCUCCUAAAUAUUCCACUUCCUGUGACAAGAUCCAUUCAUCCCAGGUGCUUUUGGAGAAUAAAGCAGAAUGAAGACAAAGAUGAAGACUUGAUGACAGAUUGUGCCUUCCCAGUAAAAGCAGUGCUUUUGUCUGUGGACAAAGAUUAUUUUAACCAAAUUCUGAAUGUAAAAACAAGGAAGAAAAAUUAUCACUUUGCUCUGGCCUUGGCUUUUACUAUGGAUGAAGUCAACAGAAACACUGAUCUCUUACCAAAUAUGUCUCUAGUAUUUGACUUCCCAGAAGAUGGUUGUAUGAGUACGUCACAACUAGAAACUCUCAUUCAUUUUUCUGAACAAAAUAGUGCUAAUCCCCCUAAUUAUGUCUGUGUAGAAGAGAUGAAUUGUGCAGUGUUGUUAACUGGACCAGAGUGGGAAAAAUCUUUGAGGCUUCAGAAGAUCAUAGACCUCUAUAGAUCUCAGAAGGUCCUUCAGCUUACCUAUGGACCUUUCCAUCCUAUCCUGAGUGAUAAUGAACAAUUUCCUUAUCUGUAUCAGAUGGCUCCCAAGGACACAUCUUUAGCCCUGGCCAUGGUGUCUUUUAUUGUUCACUUCAGCUGGAACUGGAUUGGGCUUGCCAUCUCAGACAAUGAUCAGGGUGUCCAAUUUCUAUCAUAUUUGAGAAGAGAGAUGGAAAAAAAUACAGUCUGCUUUGCAUUUGUCAACAUGAUCACAGUUGACAUUCAUUUAUACAUGUCAAGAACUGAAGUGUAUUACAACCAAAUCAUGACAUCAACCACAAACGUUGUUAUAAUUUAUGGUAACACAGACAGUACUCUAGCGUUGAGCUUUAGAAUGUGGGAAUCACUAAGGAUACAGAGACUAUGGGUCACUACCUCACAGUGGGAUUUCUCUACAAGUACAAGCUAUUUCACCCUUGACUCGUUCUAUGGGACCCUUGCUUUUGUCCACAAUCAUGCUGUGAUUUAUGGUUUUAAAAGAUUUGUUCAGACACUGAACUUGCUGAAAUAUUCAGACAACUAUCUGGCAAGGUUGGAGUGGAUGGAAUUUAACUGUGAAGUAUCAGUAUCUAACAGUAAGACACUGAAAAACUGCUUAUCUAAUGCCACAUUGGAAUGGCUAAUAGAACAGACUUUUGAAAUGGCCUUUAGUGAUAACAGUUAUGACCUAUACAAUGCUGUGUAUGCUGUUGCCCAUGCCAUUCAUGAAAUGCUUUUUCAAAGAAUGUCUAAUCUAGAAAAGGACAAUGGAAAAGGACACAAUUCUCAUUGCUUGGAGCUGAACUCCUUUCUGAGAAAGACCCACUUCACUAAUCCUGUUGGGGAAAGAGUGAAUAUGAACCAGAAAGAAAAACUGCAGGCAGCAUAUGACAUUUUCUAUUUGUUGAAUUUCCCACAUGGUCUUGGAAUUAAGGUGAAGAUAGGAAAGUUUAGCCCAGACUUUCCACAAGGUCAACAGCUCCUUUUGUCUGAAGAUAUGAUAGAGUGGACUACGGGAAGUAGACAGAUCCCACCGUCUGUGUGCAGUGCUGAUUGUGGUCCUGGACUCCGAAAAUUGUGGCAGGAGGGAAUGGCAGCCUGCUGUUUUGAUUGUAGUCCCUGCCCAGAGAAUGAAAUUUCUAAUGAGACAAAUAUGGAUCAGUGUGUGAGGUGUCCAGAGGACAAGUAUGCCAACACAGAGAAGAACCACUGUAUUCAUAAAGCUGUGCUCUUUCUAAGCUAUGAUGACCCCUUAGGGAUGAUGCUAGCCUUAAUGGCCUUCUGUUUCUCUGUAUUUACAGUGCUAGCUCUUGGGGUCUUUGUGAAGCAUCACGACACUCCCAUUGUGAAAGCCAAUAACCGCACUCUCAGCUACAUCUUGCUUGUUUCACUUAUCUUUUGUUUCCUUUGCUCAUUUUUCUUCAUUGGCCGUCCAAACUCAGCCACUUGCAUCCUUCAGCAAAUCUCAUUUGGACUUGUAUUUACUACGGCUGUUUCUACUGUGUUGGCCAAAACAAUUACAGUUGUUAUGGCUUUCAAAGUCACAGUCACUGAAGGAAGGAUGAGACACUUCCUGGUAUCAGGGGCACCAAAAUACAUCAUUCCUUUCAGUAUCCUUAUCCAAAUUAUUCUCUGUGCAAUCUGGCUUGGAGUUUAUCCUCCCUAUGUUGACAAUGAUGUACAUUCUGAGCAUGGUCAUAUCAUCAUUGUGUGCAAUAAGGGUUCAACUACUGCAUUCUACUGUGUCCUGGCAUAUCAUGCUUCUCUUGCUUUAGGGACCUUCAUUGUGGCUUUCUUGGCCAGGAAACUUCCUGACAUAUUCAAUGAAGCCAAGUUUCUGACAUUCAGCAUGCUGUUGUUCUGCAGUGUCUGGGUCACAUUUCUCCCUGUCUAUCAGAGCACCAAGGGCAAGUUUUUGGUGGCUGUGGAAGUAUUUUCCAUCGUGGCCUCCAGUGGAGGCUUGCUGGGAUGCAUCUUUAUUCCCAAGUGCUACAUAAUUUUGUUAAGACCAGAAAGAAAUUCUCUUCCAAAGUUAAGAGAGAAAACAUUUUCCUGA